CUUGUCACCUCCUCCCCCUUCCCGCUGUACAAAUUCUGGGAUUCGGGGGAUCCCGGAGCCGCUUCCCAAAGGAAUUGCCACGCUCCGAGGGGGGUGGAGCGGGGCAGGUGUGUCCCCACCCCCCGCUUUGGGGAGCCUGCGGAGUGGCGUUUGUGGGGUCGCGACAUUUGAGGACGCCGCGGUUUGUCCCUCCUGUUGCCCUCGGGAUGGUCCCCGCGGCCAUGACGCCAUACCGCCAGGAGCUGGAGAAGUACCGCGACAUCGACGAGGACAAAAUCCUGCGGGAGCUGUCCCCGGAGGAGCUGGCACAACUGGACGCCGAGCUGGCCGAGAUGGACCCCGAGAACGUACUGCUGCCAGCGGGGCUGCGACAGCGGGACCAGACCCAGAAGAGCCCCACGGGACCCCUGGACAGGGACGCGCUCCUGCAGCACCUGGAGAGGCAAGCGCUGGAGGUCGAGGAGCGCCAGGACCUUGUGCCCUUCACCGGGGAGAAAAAAGGGAAGCCAUUUGUCCCCAAGGCGACGGUGCCGACGCUGCCACGGGAGGAGCAGGUGACGCUGGAGCCGGAGCUGGAGGAGGCGCUGGCCAACGCCACUGAGGCUGAGAUGUGUGACAUCGCCGCCAUCCUGGGCAUGUACACGCUGAUGAGUAACAAGCAGUACUACGAUGCCAUCUGCAGCGGGAACAUCUGCAACACCGAGGGCAUCAACAGCGUGGUGCAGCCAGACCGGUACCGGCCAGUGCCAGAUGAGCCCCCGAAUCCCACGGAUGUGGCCGACACGCUGCGGCGGCUGCAGGACGAUGACCCCGCGCUGCAGGACGUCAACCUCAACAAUAUCAAGGACAUCCCUGUCCCCACACUCGAGGCCAUCUGCCACGCAAUCAAGACCAACACCCACGUGCGCAGCCUCAGCCUGGUGGCCACGCGCAGCAAUGACCUCGUGGCCAACGCGGUGGCUGAGAUGCUGGAGCAGAACCAGAGCCUGCAGAGCCUCAACCUUGAGUCCAACUUCAUCACCAGUGCAGGGAUGCUGCGGCUGCUGGAAGCCAUUGGGCACUGCCCAACACUGACCGAGAUCAGAGUAGACAACCAGUGCCAGCGCCUCGGGGACACAGUGGAGAUGGCCAUGGCGGCCACCCUGGAGCGGUGCCCGGCGCUGCUGCGCUUCGGUUACACCUUCACCUUGCAGGGCCCGCGGGCACGCGCUGCCGCCGCCCUCACUCGCAACAACGAGCUCCGUCGCCAACAGAAGAAAUCCUAAAAAUUCCACCGUGCCCGCCCCAAGCUCAAGAACCGCUGGGAAUAAACUGGAAAAAUGGUAGAAAAAAA